UUUGUGCUAAAUAAAUUGCUGGUAUGGCAUUUAUUUGGGAAUGCCAAAUUUGGGCUCCGUUUGGAUCAGCAUAUCUCUUUUUGUAUGCCUGAUCAAAACUGCCGUCACCAUAUCUCUAUCUCUUUGCAUUGCAUCACUUCUUCGGCCGUUUUGCUCUGCUCCUCUUCUCGCCGAAGCAAACCCAGUUUGCUCUGCUCACACUGAGCACGGGCUGGGCAUUCUGCCAUGGAUCCACCGUCGUCACCGCCGCCGCACGAUCAUGGUCAGCGUGAGCAAGAGCAUCAGGACGGGUGCCCGGCGGCCAGGGAGAAGAGGCCCUGGGGGUGGGCGGCAGCGGCAGCGCGCGCGGUGGCCGGCGAGGCGCGGGCGCAGCGGGGCAUCGCGCUGCCGCUCAUCGGCAUGAACCUCACGUGGUUCGCCAAGCAGGCCGUCACCACCGCCUUCCUCGGCCGCCUCGGCGAUCUCGAGCUGGCCGCCGGCACGCUGGGGUUCAGCUUCGCCAACGCCACGGGCUUCGCCGUCCUCACGGGCCUCUGCGGCGCCAUGGACCCCAUCUGCGGCCAGGCGCACGGGGCCGGCAACGCCGCGCUGCUCCGCCGCACGCUGCUCAUGGCCACCGCCAUGUUGCUCGCCGCCUCCCUGCCCAUCGCGCUCCUCUGGCUCCGCGUCGACACCGUGCUCCUCCGCGUCUUCGGCCAGCAGCCUGACAUCGCGGUGGUCGCGAGGCGGUACGUGCUGUGCCUCCUCCCCGACCUCGCCGUCACCUCCUUCCUCGCCCCGCUCAAGUCGUACCUCAGCUCCCAGGAGGUGACGCUCCCCACGCUCUUCGCCUCCGCCGUGGGCCUCGCCGUCCACGUCCCGCUCACCGCGUGGCUGGCGCGGACCAGGGGCGUCGAGGGCGUCGCCGCCGCCGUCUGGCUCAGCGACCUCGCCGUCGCGCUCCUGCUCUCCGCCUACGUGCUCGCGUCCGACGUGCUCCUCGCGCGGAAGAGCGCCAAGACGGCGUCUGUAGCGGCGCCGUGCGCGCGGUGGUGGUGGCCGGAGGAGACGAAGACGGCGGCGGCCGACUGGCUACGGCUGAUCCGUCUCGCCGUGCCGUGCUGCCUGAACACGUGCCUCGAGUGGUGGUGCUACGAGAUCCUGAUCCUGCUCACGGGCCGCCUGCCGGACGCCCGGCGCGCGGUGGCGGUGAUCGCGAUCACCCUCAACUUCGACUACCUCCUCUUCGCCGGCAUGCUCUCCCUCUCCGUGAGCGCGUCCGUGCGCGUGUCCAACUCCCUGGGCGCGGGAGACGCCGCGGGGGCGCGCAGGGCCGGCGCCGUCUCGAUCCUCGGUGGCGUGCUCGCCGGCGCCUUGGGUGGCCUGCUGAUGCUGGCGUCGCGGCGGCAGUGGCCUCGCCUCUACACGCGCGGCGCGGAGGUGCGGGACGGCGUGGGGAAGGCGAUGAAGGUGAUGGCAGCGCUGGAGGUGGUGAACUUCCCGCUGAACGUGUGCGGCGGCAUCGUGCGCGGCACGGCGAGGCCGGCCGUGGGCAUGUACGCCGUGCUGGGCGGGUUCUACCUGGUGGCGCUGCCGGUGGGCGUGGCGCUGGGGUUCAGGGCCCGGCUGGGGAUCGAGGGGCUCCUGGCCGGGUUCAUCGUCGGCGCCGCGGCCAGCCUGACGGUGCUGCUCGUGGUGAUCGCGCGCAUGGACUGGGGCGCCGAGGCUGACAAGGCGCGGCUGCGGGCCGGCGCCGGCGCCGACGACGAGCCGAAUGCUCACCACAAGGAGGCACCCCAAAAUGCUGCUGACGUUUGACCAUAACUCCAGUCAUUAAGUAGUCUGAAUUAAAAUAUGAGUGCAAUGUAUAUGAAGAUGGAACUUUGGAGAUUUUGUUUUGAAAUCGGUAGAAUCCAUUGCCACAAGGGAGGUGAGGCGAUGAAUGUAGCCUUCGAAUGCUUUCUCCGACAUUCUUUCACUCACUCACUCACUCAUUCCCCAGUGCUCUAAUCUAAUCGAGUCAACUAUACAUAUGUAAA